AUGAUAACUGCAAAAUGUGAAGUUCAUACUGUUCGCAUAACAGAUGUCUCUUUAGAGCAGAAAACAGCUGACCAUCUCAAAAUGCUCAUCCUCGAGGUGGUUAAGGAAGUAGAAGUGAAAUGGAAAGCUACAAUUGUAGCUAUCACAUCAGAUGCUUCAGGUGAAUCCUGGGCAGCCAUAAAACAGCUCGUAGAUGAAUUUCCAUGGUUUGUUGCCCCUGACUGUUUUGCUCACCAAGUUAAUCUAGUUGUUGGUGAUUAUUACAAAGUGCCUUCAACAUCACUGUUCCUACAGUAUAUGAAGAAGGCCACUGACCUUAUUACCUGGCUUCGGAGCAAGACAAUGGUCUUGUCUAUGCUCAGGGACAUACAAAAGGCCCUGAAUGCUGCAAAUCCAUCUCAAAUGCAACAGGUUCUCAGCAUAAUCCAUGCAGUGCUGACAUGCUGGACAGCACAUUAUCUGGCAUUUAGGUGUCUACUUGAUUUGAGAACUACCCUUGAUAUCCUUGCCAAACAGGAAAGGGACCACAGCAGUGAUGCCACAUCUCGAUGUAAAGCACAGGAGAUGUUAGAAUUGAUUGAAGAUCCUUUGAUAAUGCUUACUCAUAUUGGACCACUCGCCUUGGCCAUAAAUUUUGCUCAGGCUGCACAUUGUUGCCUAGAUGAAGUCUUGAUCAUCCUUGGAUAUCUUGUAUCAAGAUAUCAAGAUUUAUUAAACAUGAUGACUUCCACCAAUGAUCAAAUUGGACUUCAUGCAAUCAUUAACUCACUGGAGAAGUGCUGGAGCAAGAGCGAUCAAACAGUUUUCAUUGCGGCAGUCAUUCUCAACCCCCUCUACAAGGCCAAACCAUUUGCACAAAUCUGUCAAUUCACAACUGCUGGCAUCACCUCAUUAUUGCUCAAACUUUGGCAGCGAUUUCAGUCCACCCCAGCCCCAGAAUCACUUCAUCAAGAGAUUAUCAAUUAUCUGCAGGAUUGA